AUGUCAGUUGCGAAAAUUCCGACACCAUGCGAAUUAAAAAAACUUUUUGGUCAGUCCAAUGCAAAAAACAAGGAAAUACCAUAUGAUGUUAUUGUAUGUACACGAGAACUUUGUGCGCGUUAUCUCGGUGGUGCAUGGAAUACAAUUAGCCCAGAACAGUUACGUAUGCAACCAGUUAUUGGUGGGAUAAGCAAUUUAUUAUUCUUGGUGGAACUACCAGAAAAUGUAGUACCAGAAGGAGGAGAACCGGUUUGUUCACUUUUGCGCAUACAUUGUUCCGAUGAUCUUGAUCGUCUUCUCAGUGAAGCAGUUGUUUUUACAAUGCUUUCUGAAAGAUUGCUUGGACCACGACUUUUUGCUGCUUUUCCAUCAGGUCGUUUCGAACAAUAUAUUCCAUCACGACCAUUAUUUUGCGAUGAAUUUCAAUAUCCAGGCAUCACCAAACAUUUGGGAAAAGUAUUUGCUCGUAUUCAUAUACUUAAUGUACCUAUUGCAAAAAAACCAAUGGUUAUUGAGGUAGCUAAUGGAUGGCUAGAAAAGUUAGGCAACAAAAUGCGCCAUAAAAUGAGGCUUAAAAUGGUGCAAGCGGAUCUUUCAAAAGUAAUACCUUUCAAUUUUUUGAAAAACGAAUUAGAAAUCAUACAACUGUGUCUGGAAAAAAGUGGAAGUCCAAUUGUAUUCUGUCACAACGACCUUCAGGAAGGUAAUAUAUUGCUACAUAAUCAAUAUACCAUUAAUGAGAACGGUGAUUUUGAUAUUAGCGAAAAUGAAGAUCCGAUUUCACCAAUCGAUUUUGAAUAUGCCAGCUAUAAUUACCGGGGAUUUGAAUUUGGUAACUACAUUUGUGAGUAUAUGUUGGAUUAUGGUAAUGAUAAAUCACCGUUUUAUUGGGUUAGACGGGAACGAACACCAUCCGAUGAACAGCUCUAUUAUCUGUUCAACUCAUAUCUGGAUGAAAUUGAUAAGCAAAAGCAAAAUGGUGAUCAUUUCUAUCCAGUUAAAAAUUUAUCUUUGAGCCGUGAAGCAGAAAUUCAAAAAUUAUUCAUUGAAGCACGUCGUUUUCCUGCCGUAUCUCAUCUAUUUUGGUCCAUUUGGUCAUUUUGUUUGGCUGAUGAAUCAUUGCCCAUUUCAUUUGAUUAUAUAAGUUAUGGUUUGGACCGAAUUGCGCUAUAUUACGAAUGCAAACCUCGACUUCUUGAAUAUCUCAAUUGA